AUUCACAGUCCACUGUGCAGCAAAACCGUACCUAUUCAAAAUGGCAGCUAAGUUCGUCGUUGUUGCUUUCUUGGUCGCGGCCGCUCACGCUAGCGCGAUUCAUGGCGACUACACCAGCUUCUCCUACGGCGUGUCAGACCCCCACACCGGCGACGUCAAGAGCCAGCACGAGACCCGCGUCGGUGACAGCGUAGUAGGACAGUACUCUCUCUUGGAAUCUGACGGUACUAAGCGCACUGUCGACUACGCUGCUGAUGCUCACUCUGGAUUCAACGCCGUCGUGCGCAAGGACCCCGCUCUUGUACACACUCCCGUUCUGGCCCACUCUGCGGUGGUCGCGCCCUUGGCUCAUUCCGCUGUGAUCGCUCCUGUAGCCCACUCAGCCGUUGUUGCUCAUGGCGCUCACUUGGGUUACGGUCACGGAGCUUCGUUGGCCUAUGGCGCUCCUUUGGGCUACGCUCACGGAGCCAUCGCUACCCCUCUCGCCCACGCCGGUCCCCUCGCAUACUCCGCCCCCCUCGCUCACGAUGUGGCCUAUGGAGCGCACGGUCUAUACGGUGGACAUCUUGGCUACUCCAAACUCUACUAGAUAAUUAUUGAAAUGGUAGUGAAUGUUAUGUCUGACGAUAAAUGCUGUGAUUUAAUAAAGAAAUGUAAAUAAAUUA